AUGGGAGACAGCAGCGUAAAAGCUGCUGCUGCUUCUUGCAGACAGCAGAUCGAAGCCCUCGCGGAGCAGCAGGCUGCUGCUGCUGCUGCAGCAGCGCACAUCAGCAGCAGCAGCAGCAAGAGCAACAACGAGAACAGCAGCAGCAGCAGCAGCAACGCAAAGGAUGUGCUGCAGCAAGUGACAGUAGGGGGCGUCCCCGUGCUGCAGCUGCUGCGCGCUGCUGCUGCUGUUGGCGGAGACUGGCAGUGGGGCUGCAGCCUGCUGCAGCAGCUGCUGCAGCAGACAGCACACUUCGCAGACUUUGACUCGGGAACAGAGCGGCUGCACUGCUUUGCUGCUCUGGGUUUGUUGUCUGCUGCUGAGGAGACAGAGACGCUUCGGGUGUAUGCGCAGCUCGGGCUAAGACACACCACCUUUUGCCGCCACAUGCUGCUGCGGCUGCAGCAGCAGCAGCAGCAGCAGCAGCAGCAGGGGCUGAUAAAGGCAGACGUGCUGCAGCAGCAACGCAUGCAGCAGCGUAUUCUGCUGCUGCACUUCCUGCAGCAGCUGCAGCUGCAGCACAGACAGACGCUAGCAGCAAAACCCGAGCUAAUGAAGCAGCUGCUGCAUGCGCAGCGCUCGCUGCUGCUGCAGCCCUGUGGCCCGCAGCAGCAGCAGCAGCAGCAACAGCAGCAGCAGCAGCAGCAGCAGCAGCAGCAGCUAAACACAGCUGAAGACUUCUUAGAUGAAGCCGCUCGUCUGGCGGAGACAGUCUCUCCGCAGCAGCGGCAGCAAAUUUUGUCGUUGCAUGCAGCUUCCUGCAGCAGCAGCAGCAGCAGCAGCAGCAGCAGCAGCAGGGGAGGACUGCAGCGGGAGCUGUACAGACACCGCAGCUAUUCUAUGGGUUUCGGGGUCCCCACAGACAGCAGCUUCUCUCGCUGCUGCAGCAGCGUGCUGCCGUUUGUCUCUCUUCCUGCUUAUGAGGCUAUACACACGACAGGGUUUGCUGCUUCUGCUGCUGCUGCUGCUGCUGCACCUGCUGCAGAGGAUCCAGCAGCAACUGCUGCUGCUGUUGCUGCAGCAGCAGCAGCAGGAGAAUGCUUCGAUAGACAGCUGCAGCAGCAGGGGCCCCCAGAAGCAGCAGAACUCACCACUGGUCAGGCCCUAAUGGUAUUAGAUGCUUUGCUGCAGCUGAAGUAUCACCUGUCUUGGCCUGAGGUCCCUGCUGCUGCUGCGCUGCUGCUGCAGCGGCUCAGCAGCAGCAAAGAAGCAAUCGAGCAGCUAGACCCCCGGCAGGUGGUGGCUGUCUCCGUUUUGUGUGGGGAGCUGAGGAGACAGCUGACCAUACCCCCCGGCUUGCUGCACGCAAUAACCACCAGACUCCUGCUGCUGCUGAUGCUGCAAAUUCUGCAACAAAAACUGCAGCAGCAGGAACAGCAGCAACAGCAGCAGCAGCAGCAGCAGACAAAGAUUCACUCGCGCUGCAAAUUGCAUCCUACAUAUGCGCACAUGUCUAUGAGUAAGCGCAGCAGCAGCAGCAGCAGCAGCAGCAGCAGCAGCAGCAGCAGCAGCAGCAAAAGCAGUAUCAGCAGCAGCAACAGUAUCAGCAGCAACAGCAGCAACACCAAUACCAACAGCAUCAGCAGCAUCAGCAUCAGCAGGAUCGAUACAUUGCCCGCACAAACUCCCUAUCAUCGCCAAUCCAAGUGUUAG